CGGCGGCGGUAGCGACGGCUGCAGUAGGGGUUCUGUGGGAGCUGUACACGAGUGGAGGCUGUUGUGGGUCUCGCAUCCUGAGCGUGCGCAGCGAUGUUCUGCGAAAAGGCCAUCGAGCUCAUCCGCGAGCUUCACCGAGCUCCGGACGGGCAGCUCCCAGCCUUCAACGAUGAUGGAAUCAGGCAAGUUCUGGAAGAAAUGAAAGCUUUGUAUGAACAAAACCAGUCUGAUGUAAAUGAGACAAAGUCAGAUGGACGAAGUGACUUAAUUCCAACAAUCAAAUUUCGACAUAGUUCUUUGCUGAGAAAUCGACGUUGUAUAGUUGCAUAUCUGUAUGACCGAUUGCUUCGGAUUAGAGCUCUGAGGUGGGAAUAUGGCAGUGUCUUGCCAAACGCACUGAGAUUUCACAUGUCAUCUGAAGAAAUAGAGUGGUUCAAUCGCUAUAAAAAGUCUCUUGCUACAUAUAUGAGAUGUUUAGGUGGAGAUGAAGGAUUAGAUAUUACACAAGAUAUGAAACCCCCCAAAAGCUUGUACAUUGAGGUGCGGUGUCUGAAAGACUAUGGAGAGUUUGAAGUUGAUGAUGGUACUUCAGUUUUAUUGAAAAAAAACAGCCAGCAUUUUUUGCCUAGAUGGAAGUGUGAACAAUUAAUCAGACAAGGAGUACUAGAACAUGUUCUGUCAUGACAGUAUUCUGAAAUAUUGGGAAAUCCUUUUUAGUGUUGUGUUGAAUUCACUACAAAUGUCUCUCUGCCCUUUCCCUGCUUCAUUAUGAUCCUAAAAAAUUAUAGAUGGUUUUUUUUGUGGCUUAAAAAAAAAGAAAAUUCUCACUUUUCUUCAUGUGUAUUUUUGACUCCUAAUGCUAACAAAAUAUUGGAGUUUUCCUUUCUUAGCAAUAAAUAAUAUACCUUUUGAGAAUGAGUUGUGACUGUUCUUUAUUGCUACAGUACAAUUGCUAUAACACAUUACCAUACAAUACUUUAAGAAAAAAAAAAAAGCAAAACUUAAUUGAAUUUGUAUCCAAUUAAAAAGGAGCUUAAGUUGUCAGCUUAAGCCAGUGAGUGAUGGUGAACCUUUUAGAGAUGGAGUG